CCCACUCAGAUUGUACCCGAGAGCAAGAGAGAGGAACUGGGGUGAGCUAGCACUGUGGCUUUGUCUGUUUCCUGUUUCAGCAAGGCUGCCGUGCAAAAAGAAAGACGGUACCAAGAAGGGAAAUGCUAAGGGGGCCCAGAGCCAUGGAUUGAGAGCUUGCAUUUUACUCAGCUGCUGUCCUGCCCCAUCUGAGACCAGAGCCAAGAUCUGCCCAGGAGCUGGAAUGCUUUCCUGAGCUGCUUGGUUUGGAGCCUGGGACCCAAGACCCAGGCAGCUAUUCCAGGAACUGGAAGCCAAGCACAACAGGUGCUCAGGAGGUCAUCAUGAUCAGCCCAGACCCCAGGCCUUCCCCUGGCUUGGCCCGGGGGGCUGAGAGCUAUGAGGCCAAGUGUGAACGCCGGCAGGAAAUCCGUGAGAGCCGUCGUUGCCGCCCCAAUGUGACCACUUGCCGCCGGGUGGGGAAGGCACUGAGGACCCAGCAGAGAGAGCAGCUCCAGAGUGCACGACAACGGGAGUUCUUCAGGAGGAGGGACCUGGAGGUGGAGGAGACAGGCAAGGCCCAGAGCCCCAGGGCCAAGGAGCGAGGUCCCUCCAGGAGGCCAGGCCAGCCAACUGACCUCAAGGAACCCUUGUCUUGGGCCAACAGGAUCUCUUCCCCCCGGCAGCAGGUGUCAGGGACCAGCUCUGAGGUCUUUCCAAGCCAGCAUCACCUUCCCUCAGGCCCCUGGAGGGAUUUGGCCAGCCAGCCCUCCCAGGCUGAGGACCUUUCACUGAAGGAUUAUCCCGCCAAAAAACCACCCAAACACCACCGUGGCACCCAGACAAAGGCAGAAACAGCCCAGCCAGCAAUUAAGAAUGAUGCCAGUCAGCAGACCAAUUAUGGAGUUGCAGUUCUAGAUAAGGAAAUCAUCCAGCUUUCUGAGUACCUCAAAGAGGCCCUACAGAGGGAGCUGGUUCUAAAACAAAAAAUGGUCAUUCUCCAAGACCUACUGUCCACUCUGAUAAGGGCCUCUGACAGCUCUUGGAAGGGCCAGCUGAAUGAAGACAAAUUGAAGGGCAAACUGAGAUCUUUAGAAAACCAGCUGUACACCUGUACCCAGAAAUACUCCCCUUGGGGAAUGAAAAAGGUGUUAUUGGAGAUGGAAGACCAGAAAAACAGCUAUGAGCAGAAGGCCAAGGAGUCACUGCAGAAAGUGCUGGAGGAGAAAAUGAGUGCAGAGCAGCAAUUGCAAAGCACACAGCGGUCCCUGGCUCUGGCCGAGCAGAAGUGUGAAGAGUGGAGGAGCCAGUAUGAAGCUCUGAAGGAGGACUGGAGGAAACUGGGGACCCAGCACCGAGAGCUGGAGAGCCAACUCCAUGUGCUUCAGUCUAAAUUGCAGGGAGCAGACAGUAGAGACCUACAGAUGAACCAGGCUCUGCAACUUCUGGAGAAUGAGCACCAGGAACUACAGGCCAAGAUUGAACUUCUACAGGGGGACAGAGACAGCUCAGAUACCCAACACCUACAAGAUCAACUGAAGAGGUCAGAGGAGGAGAAACUCACCCUGAUGGCCAAAGUACAGCAGCUGCAGGGUCUGCUCCAGAAUCAAUCCUUACAGCUUCAAGAACAGGAGAAACUCUUAACAAAGAAAGAUCAGGCUUUGCCUCUGUGGAGUCCAAAGCCCUCCCAUAAUGAAGUGGAACCUGAGGGUACAGGGAAGGAGAAAGAAUGGGAUUUCAGAGACCAGCUGCAAAAGAAGACUUUGCAGCUCCAGGCCAAGGAAAAGGAGUGCAGAGAACUGCAUUCGGAGUUAGACAACCUCAGUGACGAGUAUCUCUCCUGCCUACGUAAGCUGCAGCAUUGUCGAGAAGAGCUGAACCAGAGCCAACAGCCGCCUCCCAGAGUAAGAGAGUCUAUCCUCCCGUAUUGUCCUGGAUGAUGGUGGGACGGUUCCUCCUUUGGCCAAAUCUUGCAGAUAAAAUUUAUCAGCCUGUGCCAACCUCUGGCCAGCCUGUUCCACUCAGCCUGGUUUAUAUACUUGACAGUAUAGCAAGUGUCAGUAAACACUGGCUCAUGCAUCUAAGCCUAAUUUUCAUGGAACUCUUGAACCUGAAGGGGAAGACUAUUAGCUAAAACAUGAAGUGGUGUUCUUUUAGCCUAUUAUUGUUUUUUUCUUUUAGCCUAUUAUGAGCUAGUGGCAAGAGUAAGGACAGCAAAAGCACUAAGGAAUACAAACGGAGAAUAAUAUAAUUUUGCUGAAUUAUUUUCCAUCCUUGAUUAUUAUCGUAUUUAAGUAUCUGGCCUUUGCUGGGUUUGAUUCCCCGGGCCAGUAAUCCUGGCUUAGGAGCCAGUGACCAGCAGUAAAGUGAUUUAAUCCCAAAGGAAGUGACCAAGUGAGAGGGGCAGUGAUGUAAACAGCUUUUUCUCCUCUACUGACCCAAUACUUUCCACUGGGCAGGGAUGAGAAGAAGGAAGAUUAUUUUUGCCUGUACCUUCUCUAAACAACCCAUGGCCUCUUUCUCUCUCCCCAACACCCCCUCCUCAACCCCCUCACAGAGGCAAUAUGGCCAGUGGCUCUCGAUGCUGAUGAUAAUGAUUGCUAUAGCACUGGCAGUGCUCCUGGCCAACAAGGACAGCCUGAUGAUAUGAAUCACUUGUGACAGCUGCAUGAGUGAAAAUCUGAAGCAAGAAACUUAAUGAAAAAUUCAGAAGGUUUACAUACUUUAAAGUGUGGAUUUCCCUGAGAUUUUUGACUUUGCUAUUAUUUUUUUUUAACCUACUGUAAAAUAAACAAACUUCACCUAA